CUGACUUCGCUGACAUUGCUCCGUCCGGAAGCUUUCAGUUACGGUGUACUGGCGGCUGAUCGCUUGCCUGGUCUUCUUCUGUAUGGUCCACCAGGUACCGGUAAGACCUUGCUCGCUAAGGCCGUGGCCAAAGAGUCCUCAGCUACUGUGCUGGAAGUCAGUGGCGCUCAGAUUUACGAAAAGUAUGUUGGCGAGGGCGAGAAGAUGGUCAACGCCGUCUUCUCAUUGGCCAAGAAGUUGUCACCUUGCGUUGUUUUCAUCGAUGAGGCAGAUGCUCUUUUCGGCUCUCGCGGUGGUGCCAACAACCGCACCACUCAUCGUGAGAUCAUCAACCAGUUCCUCCGCGGAUGGGAUGGAAUGGACGACCACAGUGUUUUCAUGAUGGUUGCUACCAAUCGUCCUUUCGAUCUUGAUGAUGCUGUGUUGCGUCGUUUGCCCCGUCGUCUAUUGGUCGAUCUGCCUCUUGCUAAGGACCGUGAGGGUAUCCUUGGUAUCCACCUCAAGGGUGAAAAUCUCGACCCUGCUGUCUCGCUAUCCGACCUCGCGAAAAACACACCUCUCUACUCGGGUUCCGACCUCAAGAACCUGUGUGUCGCUGCCGCGCUUGCCGCAGUGCGCGACGAGAACAACGCUCUUGAAGCUGCGCGCGCAAAGGGCGACACAGACUUCAAGCUGCCUGAGCGCCGCACGCUUGCACCCUCGCACUUCGAGAAGGCAAUGCAAGAAAUCUCAGCCUCUGUAUCCGAGGAUAUGGCAACACUGGGAGCGAUUCGCAAGUUCGACGAGCAGUAUGGUGAGAAGAGGGCGCGAACCAAGAAGGCAGGCUACGGCUUCGGUCUUGGCUCUAGCAAUGCUAUUGACGAGACUGGAGCUAGAGUUAGACCU